UAUACUACUGAGUCUACUAGUUUUGCACCUAUAAAUUGAGCCAGGCCUGGGGGCCAUUCUUCCACCGCCAUCCUACUACUGCUUAGCUCAGUUUGCUUAGUUUGCGGUUCCCAGCUUGAUCAGUUAACUAAGCAUAUUUACUUGACGACCCAAAUGGCAAGCGUUAAAGCACUCGUGCAAUCUCAAGACCUCAAAUCCCUCCCUUCUGAUUAUGCUCACUUCAAAGACAGCCAAAAAUCCAUUGUUGCAGGCCCUGAAGUUUCGCUUCCCGUGAUUGAUUUUUCUUUGCUCAGCUCAACCAAUCCUGAUGAACGUGCCAAAGUCAUCGAGGACCUCGGAAAAGCCUGCGAGGAAUGGGGCUUCUUCAUGGUGGUAAACCAUGGCAUACCGGAAAACCUAAUCAACUCAUUGUUUAACGUGUGUAAUGAGUUUUUCGACAUGCCGGAGGAGGAGAAGCUCAAGUUCGAAACCACAAAUCCCCUGUAUCCGGUCAUGGUCAGGUCCGGCAGUACAAUUCACGAUAAAUCCAACCAAACAGUCCUCUUCUGGAGAGAUUAUCUAAGGUUCUUUGUGCAUCCGGAGUUUUACUACCCGGAUAAACCCCAAGACUUCAGGGAUCUUAUAUCGGAGUAUUCUCAGAGAACCAGAGAUUUGGCAUGGAAAUUACUGCAGGGAAUAUCACAGAGCUUGGGCAUGGAAGAAGACUACAUCCAGAAAGCCAUGGACUUGGACCACAGUACCCAAAUCUUCGCAGCAAAUUACUACCCACCCUGUCCUCAACCUGAAUUGGCAAUAGGCAUUCCUCCUCAUACGGAUCAUGGCCUCCUCACCUUUCUCCUGCAAAAUGGAGUUGGAGGCCUCGAGAUCCAACACGAAGGCCAGUGGUUCCACGUUAAUGCCCUUCCCAACUCCAUUUUCGUCAACACUGCCGAUCAACUCGAGGUUUUGAGCAAUGGGAAGUACAAGAGUGUGUGGCACAGAGCAGUGGUGAAUAACGAAAAGACCAGAAUUACGUUGGUGGUGCCGAAUGGUCCAUCACCUGAUACAAUUGUUACCCCAGCCGCACCGCUGCUGCGCGAAGCUCCGGCUGCAUACGGUCCGAUGAAGUACAUGGAAUACGUGAAUGUACAGCGUGUGACCAGACUUCACGAGAAGCCCCUCUUGGAUCGACUCAAGCUGCACUACUUAGGAAGACCAACUUGUCAGAGCAACAAUUCGUGGGUUAUUUUUUGCAGAGUUGGGAUUCAUCCAGUUUUCAAAUGGGUAGUCAAUUUAGCAAAACCAAGGGACCGAGCACGCUCACCCCACCGCAACGAGAAGGCAGCAACUCCAGUCACAGCAACCAUAGUAGUAGUAAUGGGGAAAAAGCUAACGAUGUUGCCUCCGGAUCUGAGCUCCUACGAAGCCGCCUGCCAAGCCGAUCCACAGCUCCGAUCUUUGGAUGCCACUCUCAAGGAAUGCACCAGCCGAGCCAUCAAUUCUAUAGCGAAAAUGGCCAGCAUUAAAACCCUUGUUCAAUCACAAGACCUCAAGUCCCUCCCUUCUGAUUUUGCUCAUUUUAAGGAUGCCCAAGAAUCCAUUCAAACGGGACCUGACGUUUCACUUCCCGUCAUUGAUUUUUCGCUGCUCAGCUCAACUAAUCCUGAUGAACGUGCCAAAGUAAUCCUGGACCUUGGUAAAGCCUGCGAGGAAUGGGGCUUCUUCUUGGUGGUAAAUCAUGGCAUACCGGAAAACUUGAUCAGUGCAUUGUUUAAUGCGUGUAAUGAGUUUUUUGAUAUGCCGGAGGAGGACAAGUUGCAAUUUGACAGCAAACACCCUUUCUAUCCCGUCAUGGUCAGGUCUGGCACCAUUGAUGGCAAUGAUUCCAACCAGCAAGUCAAGUUAUGGAGGGAUUAUUUGAGGUUUUUGGUGCAUCCAGAGUAUCACUGUCCCACUAAACCCAAAGAAAUGAGUGACAUUGUACUGGAAUAUUCUCGGAGAACCCGAGAUUUGGCGAGGAAAUUACUUAGAGGGAUAUCACAAAGCCUUGGCCUGGAAGAAGAUUACAUUGAGAAAGCAAUGGAAUUGGACUCGAGUACUCAAAUCUUCGCCGCAAACUACUAUCCUCCCUGUCCUCAGCCUGAAUUAGCAAUAGGCAUUCCACCCCACACAGACCCUGGCCUCUUGACCUUUCUUCUUCAGAAUGGAGUUGAAGGCCUCGAGGUACAGAAUAAGGGAAAGUGGUUUCAUCUUACUGGCAUUCCGGGAGCCAUUUUCGUCAACACUGCGGAUCAGCUCGAGAUAAUAAGCAACGGAAAGUACAAGAGCGUCUGGCACAGAGCCGUUUUGAAUAACGAGAAGACAAGAAUUUCCUUGGUGGUGGCCAAUGGUCCAUCACCCGACACCAUUGUCACACCAGCUCCACCGCUACUGCGCGAAACUCCACCCGCAUAUGGUCAAAUGAAGUACAUGGAAUAUGUGCAGCUGCAACGAAGUUCCAGACUUAAUCAGAAGCCCACCUUGGAACAGCUCAAGUUGCACUAAUUGCAUGCCCCAUAUAUAUAAUAAUGAGCUGCUUAUGAUCUUUGUUUCGGGCGCCUGUUUCGUGCCUUCCUGGGCAGCUCUUCCAAUGUAUCCAAGUACACUACAUUUUGUGCUCUAGAUUCAAGAUUCCAUUUGAAUUUACAGUUCCAUGAAGACGAACAACUAUAGAAUGAAACGUGACUACAAAUCAAUAGUAUUA